UCAACAAAAAAAAUCUGAUCAACAGCGAAAAGAAAAUAAUAUAGAGAGAGAAAGAGGAAGAAGACGAAGGAAGAACGUGCCUGUCUCUGAGGCCUAUAGUUGAUUUAAACUGAGAUCGAUAUUGGCCUCCUCGUUCCUUCGUCUUAUCUGAAUCAUCAAUCAUCAUCAUCAUGGGAGAGGUUGCGCGUGGAGGUGGUUGUUGUCCUCCGAUGGAUCUAUUCCGUUCCGAACCUAUGCAACUCAUUCAGCUCAUCAUUCCCAUGGAAUCCGCUCACUGCACCGUUUCAUAUCUCGGUGACCUUGGCCUCCUUCAGUUCAAAGAUCUUAAUUCAGAGAAGAGCCCUUUUCAACGUACUUAUGCAGCUCAGAUUAAAAGAUGUGGAGAGAUGGCUCGUAAAUUGCGUUUUUUCAAGGAGCAAAUGUUUAAGGCAGGUGUUUCACCAAAAGGUUCCACAACACAGUCUGACGUGAACAUCGAUGACAUUGAGAUAAAACUUACAGAAAUCGAGUCAGAGUUAACUGAGAUGAAUGCAAAUGGUGAAAAGUUGCAACGCACAUACAAUGAACUUGUUGAGUAUAAGCUUGUUCUGCAGAAGGCUGGUGACUUUUUCCACUCAGCUCAAAGCCGUGCCAUUGAGCAGCAAAGAGAAUAUGAAUCACGCCAACUGAGUGGGGAAUCUAUGGAAGCACCUUUAUUACAGGACCAAGAAUUAUCAGGUGAUUCAUCAAAGCCAGUUAAGUUGGGGUUUUUAGCAGGUCUUGUUCCCAGGGAAAAGUCCAUGGCAUUUGAGAGAAUCUUAUUUCGUGCUACUAGAGGCAAUGUAUUUUUGAGGCAGACUGCUGUUGAGGAUCCGGUCACAGACCCUGUUUCUGGAGAAAAGACUGAGAAAAAUGUUUUUGUCGUCUUUUAUGCCGGUGAAAAAGUGAAAGCCAAGAUUCUGAAAAUAUGUGACGCCUUUGGUGCUAAUCGAUACCCGUUUGCUGAGGAACUUGGAAAACAAGCUCAAAUGAUUUCGGAGGUUUCUGGAAAGCUUGCAGAAUUGAAGACCACCAUAGACGCUGGACUUUCGCACCGAGUUAACUUGCUGGAAAAUAUUGGGACUCAAUUCGAGCAAUGGAAUCUUUUGGUGAGGAAGGAAAAAUCCAUUCACCAUACCCUUAACAUGCUAAGCCUGGAUGUAACGAAAAAAUGUCUUGUGGCUGAGGGGUGGAGUCCUGUUUUUGCAACACACCAGGUCCAGGAUGCAUUAAAGCGGGCUGCAAAGGACUCUAACUCUCAGGUCAGUGCCAUUUUGCAAGUUUUGCAUACCAGGGAGUCACCACCUACCUACUUUCGCACAAACAAAUUUACAUCUUCGUAUCAAGGAAUUAUAGACUCAUAUGGGGUUGCUAAGUAUCAAGAGGCAAAUCCUACUGUGUUCACUGUAGUUACCUUUCCAUUUCUUUUCGCCGUUAUGUUUGGUGAUUGGGGGCAUGGAAUAUGUUUACUGCUGGCAGCUCUAUAUUUCAUAAUCAGGGAGAAGAAACUUUCUAGCCAGAAGCUUGAUGACAUCACGGCAAUGACUUUUGGAGGUCGUUAUGUUAUUUUCUUGAUGUCACUCUUCUCAAUCUACACUGGCCUGAUCUAUAAUGAGUUCUUUUCUGUCCCAUUCGAACUCUUCGGUCCCUCUGCAUAUGUGUGUCGCGACGAUUCUUGCAGGGAUUCUACAACAAUAGGGCUGAUUAAAGCGGGUCCUACUUACCCUUUUGGAGUGGAUCCUGUAUGGCAUGGUACACGUAGUGAAUUACCAUUCCUGAACUCAUUGAAAAUGAAAAUGUCAAUUCUUCUUGGUGUUGCUCAAAUGAACCUUGGAAUUAUAAUGAGCUAUUGCAAUGCCAAGUUCUUCAAAAACAACGUUAAUGUAUGGUUCCAAUUUAUCCCCCAAGUGAUAUUUCUCAAUAGUCUAUUCGGGUACCUAUCCCUUCUUAUUAUUGUGAAGUGGUGCACGGGUUCUCAAGCCGAUUUGUACCAUGUAAUGAUCUACAUGUUUCUGAGCCCAACCGAUGAUUUGGGCGAGAACCAACUCUUUGCUGGUCAGAAAAAUGUUCAGCUUGUGCUUUUGCUUCUGGCUGGUGUUGCUGUGCCCUGGAUGCUGUUGCCAAAACCCUUUAUUUUGAAGAAGCAACAUGAAGCUAGGCACGGGGAUGAAUCCUACGCACCACUUCCAAACACAGAGGAGAGCUUGCAAGUGGAGUCAAAUCAUGAUUCCCAUGGUCAUGGGGAAUUUGAGUUCAGUGAAAUUUUUGUACAUCAACUUAUACACACUAUAGAAUUUGUACUUGGAGCAGUAUCUAAUACAGCUUCUUACCUUCGUCUGUGGGCCCUUAGUCUUGCUCAUUCAGAGUUAUCAAGUGUAUUCUACGAGAAGGUUCUGCUUAUGGCAUGGGGGUACAAUAAUGUGGUUAUCCUGAUAGUGGGUCUCAUUGUUUUCAUUUUCGCUACUGUUGGAGUGUUACUUGUCAUGGAAACUCUGAGUGCCUUCUUGCAUGCAUUGCGUCUUCACUGGGUGGAGUACCAAAACAAAUUUUACGAGGGCGAUGGCUACUUGUUUCUCCCUUUCUCGUUCUCAUUGCUGGACGAAGAGGAUGAGAUGCUUUGAAAACAGAUAAAUAAGUGUGGAGUUAUAUAGCUUCGAACUUGUAUUGAUUCUUUCAUUUGCUGUAACUAGUCUGUGACUACCUGAUUUGUAUCCGCGGUAUUGUAUAUGGUGGAAUCCUUGGAGCUUUUUCUUCCAACAUCAUGCCGUACCUUGUCUAUUUAUCCGUUUAGGGAAUAAAUAUAUCCCAGUUAGGGAAAUGACUUUCUAUCGACUACUAGGCAGGUGUUGUGUUUAAAAAAAGGUUACAAGGCAAUAUUGGCCAACUGUAAUAAUUAUUACUCACAAAAUAAAGUGAUAUUUUUAUUUAUUUUAUUUA